AUGGCUACCAGUGAGCUCAAUCAGUUUCUGGAAGAUGUUGAUGAGAAGGUCCUAGAGUGCACCAUUUGCUCUAAGAGACUUCAAAAUCCUAAAUCACUCAAGUGCCUUCACAGCUUCUGUUUGGCAUGUCUUAAAUAUUUGGUUAAGGUGAAGGGUAAGCUGACUUGCCCAAUUUGUUCCAAAUCAUACCCCCUUCCAGAGGGUGGGCUUCAGAAGCUUCCACCAAGUACCUUUAUAAAUAACUUAUUAGAAACUAUUGAACAACUGUCAGAAAGAAAUCAGAAGAAAUGUGUUUGUAAAAAAGAGAAGUUGGAAUACUACUGCCAGGAAUGCAGACAGUACUUGUGUUCUUCGUGUAGCGAUCAUCACAAAGACUUCCGGUUCUUUGCAAAUCACAAGCUACAUUCAGUUGAGGAUGUGCGAUCAAUGAGUCUCAUACAGAAAGCUUCAUUACAUCCGCCGCAAUGUUUGCUUCACAGUAAACCGUUUGAAUUUUACUGUAAAAGUUGUAAAAUUCCAAUUUGUGGUAAUUGUACUAUUAUGGACCACAAGGAAUGGAAAGGAAAACACAAACCAAUCAGAAUUUCAGAAGCAUUUCAAGCAUUUAAAGAAACUUCUGCAACAUUAGAGAAAGCUGCCGAUCAUUGCAAGAACAAAUUGCAAGACUGCCUUCAACUGGUUAUUAAAAAUGGUACAGAAUUAGGAAAAAGUAAAGAAACAUGUUUGAGAGAUAUCAAAAAGCAUGUACGUGUGAUGAUAAAAAAAAUAGAAGAGAAUGGAGAGAAAAUUAAAACUGAAGUAGAGACAAUAUACAAAGAGAAAAAAAAGGUAAAUGAUGAACAAAUUAGUGAAUUGAAAAAAACAAUAUCUGAUAUAAAUACAAAACUGAUUUUUCUUAAUCAGUUAUUAAAGAGUAAUGAAGCAACAGCAAUGCAAUCAAGUGAAACAGUAAUUACAGCACUGAAGGAUAGAAUCAAAAUAUUGCCAAAAACAGAUCCGAAUGAUGAUGGAGAAAUUAAAUUUCAUAAGCAUCAAAAUUCUUUAUUGCAACAAUGUGAUAUUGGGUAUAUAUUACAUUCACACAUGAGGGCAGCAGACUGUUUUACCCUACUGGGGGAGGAAUCUGUGUCACAAGGUCAGGAAAUUGUUUUCAAAGUGAUCAAAACAGAUAAGUGUGAAAUACAAGCAAACCAACUUAUGGCAACAUGGACACAGCCUACAGGAGAAACCAACAUCAUCCAAGUUCAAGAAGAUCAGACUGGAGAUUAUAUUGUGACAAAAAAAUGCUUACGGCCAGGUGUUUGUAAACUUGGUGUUAGCACUUAUGGAAAACCAAUCAAGCAAUCCCCAAUGACAGUCAAUGUAGAAAAGAAACGAUUAGUAAAUACCAUUCAAGUACCGGUAAUAUAUGACCAUGUUAGAGAUGUAGUUCAAUGUGAAGAUGAUUGCUUGCUGGUUUCAUGUCGCAAAAAUGAAAUUCUGAAGUACAAGCAAUCAGGGUUAUAUAUUGAUAAGGUCACACUACCACAAGGUGUGCAAGUUAACAGAAUGUUCAAAAUGAAGAAUGGCAACAUAGCAUUCAGUGAUUUAGGUAAUAAAUGCAUCAAAGAAUGCAAUAUGAAUGGUCAGGUGGUCAGAUCAAUUGGUCAGGGAGAACUAUUAAAUCCAUCUGGUAUCCAUGUGGACGAGGCAAACAAUGUUGUGUAUGUUGGAGAUUGGGAUUUAAAUUAUGUUUUUAUGUUUGACUAUGAUGACAAGAUGAAAAAGCAGAUAGGGUCAAAAAGCAACCAUGAAAAUAAAAUAAGUAGGGUCUUUGAUGUUACACUUACUAAUCAAGGAAAUCUCCUUAUAUUGCAUUAUAAAAAUCAAGGACUACAGCUAUUCGAUAAUGAGGGAAGGUUCUUGAAAGUCCUUGUUGAAACAGGUUGCGAGAAUGACAAUGUGUGGGGACCACGUGGAGUAGCAGUUGAUGAAGAUGAAAACAUCAUUAUAUCAAGUGACCACAAACUGCAGCUAUUCAGUAGUGAUGGAACAUUUAUUAAAAGAAUUGAUAAACCAGAAGAUGGAAUUGGUAAACCAUAUGGAGUGUGCAUCAUUUCACAUCAUCCAAGGAGAGUUGCAGUAGCAAGUGAUCAUGACAAAAGUGUAAAAAUAUUCAACUAUUGUUUAACAGAGAACCGUAAAGAAUUUUAUUUCAAAAUGGCUACGCGUGAGCUCAAUCAGUUUCUGGAAGAUGUUGAUGAGAAGGUCCUAGAGUGUACCAUUUGCUUUAGUAGACUUCAAAAUCCUAAAUCUCUCAACUGUCUUCAUAGCUUCUGUUUCGAAUGUCUUGAAAAUUGGGUUAAGGUAAAGGGUAUUCUGACUUGCCCAACAUGCUCAAAAUCAUACCCCUUUCCAGAGGGUGGGCUUCAGAAACUUCCACCAAAUACUUUUAUAAAUAACUUAUUAGAAACUAUUGAACAAUUGCCAGAAAGAGAUCAGAAAAAAUGUGUUUGUAAAAAAGGGAAGUCUGAAUACUACUGCCAGGAAUGCAGGCAGUACUUGUGCUCUGCCUGUAGUGAUCAUCACAAAGACUUCAGACUUUUUGCAAAUCACAAGCUACAUUCAGUGGAGAAUUUACGAUCAAUGAGUCCCACACAAAAAGCUUUGUUACAUACGCCGCAGUGUUUACUUCACACUAAACCUUUGGAAUUUUACUGUACAAGUUGUAAAAUUCCAAUUUGUGUUAACUGUACAAUUAUGAACCACAAGGAAUGGGAAGGAAAACACAAACCAAUCAGCAUUUCAGAAGCAUUUCAAACAUUUAAAGAAACUUCUGCAACAUUGGAGGAAGCUGCACAACAGUGUAAAAACAAAUUGCAAGAUUGCCUUAAAGUGGUUAUAGAAAAUGAUACAAAAUUAGGACAAAGUAAAGAUACGUGUUUGAGAGAUAUUGACAUGCAUGUACAAGUGAUGAUAAGAAAAAUGGAAGAGAAUGGAGACAAAAUUAAAAUUGAAGUAGAGACAAUAUACAAACAAAAAAAGAAGGCAAAUGAUGUACAAAUAGAUGAAUUGAAAGCCACAAUAUCUUAUAUUAAUACAAAACUGAGUUUUCUUAAUCAGUUAUUAAAGAGUGAUGAAGCAACAGCAAUGCAAUCAAGUGAAACAGUAAUUACAGCACUGAAGGAUAGAAUCAAAGUAUUGCCAAAAACUGAGAGUGAUGAUGGAGAAAUGAAAUUUCAUGAGCAUCAACAUUCUUUAUUCCAACAACGUGAUAUUGGGUAUAUAUCACACAUGAGGGCAGCAGACUAUUUUACCUUGAAGUGGGAGGAAUCUGUGUCACAAGAUCAGAAAUUUGUUGUCAAAGUGAUCAAAACAGAUGAGUGUGAAAUACAAGCAAACCAACUUAAGGCAACAUGGACACAGCCUGCAGGAGAAACCAACAUCACCCAAGUUCAACAAGAUGAGAAUGGAGAUUAUUUUGUGACAGGUAAAUGCUCAAGUCCAGGUGUUUGUAAACUAGAUGUGAGCAUUAAUGGCAAACCAAUCAAGCAGUCACCAAUGACAGUCAAAAUAGAAAAGGAAGGAAUAGUAAAUACCAUAAAUGUACCAUUACCCACAAUAAUUGUAAAAGAUAUAGUUAAGUGUGAAGAUGAUUGCUUGCUGGUUUCAUGUGGCGAAAAUGAAAUUCUGAAGUACAGGCAAUCAGGAGAAAACAUUGGUAAGGUCACAUUACUGCAAGGUGUGAGAGUUAACAGGAUGUUCAAAAUGAAGAAUGGCAACAUAGCAUUCAGUGAUGUGGGUAAUGAAUGCAUCAUUGUAUGCAAUAUGAAUGGUCAGGUGGCCCAAUCAAUUGGUCAUGGAAUAUUGAAGAUUCCGUCUGGUAUCCAUGUGGAUGACAUAUCAAAUGUUGUGUUUGUUGGAGAUUGGUAUUCAGACUAUGUCUUCAUGUUUGACUUUAAUAAUGAGAACAUGAUAAAGCAGAUAGGGCCAAAAAGCAAAAGAAAAAUAAGUAGGGCCUUUGAUGUUACUCUUACAAAUCAAGGAAAUCUCCUUAUAUUAUAUUAUACAGGACUACAGUUAUUCACUAAAGAAGGAAGGUUCUUGAAAGUCCUUGUUGAAACAGGUGAUGAGAAUGGUAAGGUGAGGUGUCCACGUGGAGUAGUAGUUGAUGAGGAUGACAACAUCAUUAUAUCAAGUGAACAGAAACUGCAGCUUUUCAGUAGUGAUGGAAAUUUCAUUAAAAGAAUUGAUAAACCAGAAGAUGGAAUCACAGAUCCACAUGGAGUGUGCAUCAUUUCACAUUAUCCAAGGAGGGUUGCAGUAGCAAAUGGUUUUGGCCAAAAUAUAAAAAUAUUCAAUUAUUAAUAUAGAUAGUCCAGUGAUGUGAUGCAAACUUAUAGGUACACAGUGUACUGCAUAUCUAUAAAUCAUUUCAUUGGUUGUAUAUUGGAAAUAGUGAAAGGAAUAUUUGAAGACUUGCAACUUUUCACUAGGGGAAACCAAGCUACGAUCUCUGGCAAUUACCAUAUGUAAAUACACAGAAAUAAUCCUUUAAGACUAAACUUGUUUGAAAUAUCAACAUUUCGUUCCUCUUCCAUUUUCAUUUAUUUAUGUUUAUUUUACUUUUAAUUAAUCCAUAAAUGUAAAUGUCCUGAUAACCUCUAAAUUUGAUUUACUGUAAUAGUGUCCUAGUUGAUUUGCCUUGUACUCUACUACAAGGAAUACAAAUACAUUUUAACUCUUCUGCUUGCCUUGUAUCUGGUAUUCUCAAAUUUGAAAAGAUUAGCAACACACUUUAAGAAUCUACAUAUAUGAAACGUAUUCAGUUGGUGGGUCCAGAAAUUUGAAGCAAAGGUUGGCCAGAGAACAGAGGAAAAAUUUAUGAUUAUGACACUUAUAUGUCUGGAAAUUGCACUCUCAGAUUUAAUUUUAAAUAUAAUUUUCUUUUAUUUUUUUUGGUCAGUUUUAUAUAUGUAUGUAAUGAGCAAGGAAUCCUCAAUCAAUAAGGCCUAGUUCUAUAUAGUGUAAUUGCGUAAUUAUUUUCUGUUCUGCUAUUUCUCGUUCUAAACUAUUUUUGAAAAAUUCUUUCUUUAAUACUUGAACUUUCUACUGAGUGGGCAGAAGAUGCAAAAGAAUUAGCUACAGUUUUUUGGGUGAGUUUUUGAGUCAUGUUCAUGACCAUUGAUCAGUGGUCGAAGUGUCUGUCCUGUUUGUCCAAAUGUAGAGAGCAUUGGCAAAUAUUACAUGAUAUAGCAUAUACAUAGGCAAUAGAUGACAUGCAGUUAUAAGUGGCUGUUAUGCUUAAAAUGUUAUUAAAUAAUAGGUCCUUGACAAUGCUACAGGAUUUGAUACUAUGUGGACAAGUUUGCAAGUCCUAGUAUUGCAUGGAAAUGUACCAUGGUUGCUGUUAGUGGGAAGUUUACUUUAAACUAGAUUAAAUUUAAUAAAUUUCAGAAUAGAGUACUGUUUACAGGCAAUGAUAGAUUUGUCUUUAAAAAUAUCAUUGAGGGCUUCAUCAUGUAGGAGAGGUUGUAGAUCAUCUAUGAUGUGUUUGAGGGUUUGUUAAGUAAUGGGUGAUAUGUUGUUAUUAACGGUGUCCAGUUAGAGGAUGUCUAUUUGUUGUAUUGAAGUGGGCCUUGGCGUGGUAUAUGCUUAUGCUUUCUCUGUUUUGUCAACUACUUAUGUACCAUACUCAAGUUUCUUAUUUGUGUUAGAUAGUUCUGCGAUAG